AUGCUGGUGGGCUUUCAGUAUCCAAAACCGGAGCUACACAGGGCUCGCGCUGUUGCAUUAAUUUUUAUGCUCCUCUCUGUUACGCCUGUAUGCAUUUUUGUCUUCAUUGACAUAUAUAAGUCCAUUCUUGUCAAGAAUUUCGUCACUGUCAUUCGUCAUUGUACUAUAGUUGGACCGUUCUUGGCAGUCUUUUUUAAGAUAAUGUUAAUGCACAUUAAAGAAAAAACAGCAAUGCAGAUAAUAAAUGAAAUCAACCGCGACUACGAGCUAUUUAACACGAUGUCGCCCUCAUACCAAGAAAUAAUCGACGCAUCCAUCGCUAACUCCCUGCAAUACAGCGAAAAAGGCUGGGCCAUAACAGUCCUAUGUGUCGUAUUGAUAUUUCCUUUAAUGGCCGCUGUUUUGAACGUAUACAACUUCACAUUUAAAUCUGAGCCAGCUAAAUAUAUGGUACACGAUCUGCCAAAGCCGUACGGGGAGCCCGAGGAGCGGUUUGAUACUCCGUACUUCGAAAUCAUGUUCGUUUAUAUGGUGUACUGCGCUUCCCUGUACAUCGUCAACUUUGUUGGUUAUGACGGGUUCUUUGGCUUGUGUAUUAAUCACGCAUGUCUGAAGAUGCAGCUGUAUUGUCAAGCAUUUAAGGAGGCAUUGGCAAGUGAGAAUAUGUACGAAAAGAUCGUCGGCGUUAUUAAGGAACAGAAUCGGCUUUUUAAGUACGUGGAUCUUAUACAAGAUACGUUCAAUGUAUGGCUAGGCCUAAUAUUGUUCGCUACAAUGAUACAAAUAUGCAACUGCAUGUAUCAUAUAACCGAGGGUUAUGAGCUGGAUUUACGAUAUAUUAUAUUCAUAACUGGUACAAUCAUUCAUAUAUACCUACCGUGUCGAUAUUCAGCAAAGCUAAAAUAUAUGUCCGUGGAAACGGCAACACUUUUCUACAUUUCUGGUUGGGAGCACGUAAACAACAUUCCAAUAAGGAAAAUGGUACUCUUCAUGGUUGCGCGUGCGCAGGUACCAUUGGAGAUCACAGCUUUCAAUAAACUGAUAUUCGACAUGGAUCUCUUUGUUUCGAUAUUACAAACUUCUUAUUCAAUGUACACGCUGUUGCGAUCUUAA